AUGUCAGAAAUUAGUAGUAAAAAAACCAAAGCCGAAAAGAUAUUAGAGGACAUUGAAGCCCAGUUGCGGAAACUUAUCACUGAGAAAAAAGAGUUGAAAAAGAAAUUUUUGGACAAAUUGAAAGACUUAACGAAGCAAGAAAAAGAAAACAAAGUAGAAAUAUUGCAACUAGAAAGAAAAAUGACAUCCGGAGUGUUACCAACCGAACGCGAGGAAAUAAUGAAAGAAAUCCAAAAACUUAACGCUUACAAUAUCACUUUAGAGCAAGGGUUUAAAAAGCGAAAAAUCGAUGCGGAAGUAGUGACGGAAAUUCGCAAAAGAUUAGGAGUUUGGGAAGAAAAAGAGGGGGAAAGUUUGGAAGAGUUUGGAGAAAAGAUUAAGAAUGAUAAUAAAUUCGCACAAGAAUAUGGUGAAUUAGGCCCUGUUUAUGGAGUACCUUUUAAUAUUGCUAGUUAUAGUUUAUUAACCGCAAUGAUAGCCCAAGUUUGUGGCUAUAAAGUAGGAGAAUUUAUUCAUAUUAUUGGCGAUGCUCACAUUUAUUUAAAUCAUUUUGAGCAAGUUCAAGAACAAUUAAAAAGAGAACCCAAAAAAUUGACAACUUUGAAACUUAACCCGGAAAUAAAAUCGCUUUUUGAUUUUCGUUUUGAGGAUAUUAGUUUGGAAAAUUACGACCCUUAUCCACCUAUUAAGGCCAAAGUCGCAGUGUAA